CCGAUUACAAGCGCGAGCUUGGUAUUGCGUUUUCUGGUGUUUGUACAUCUGCUACGCGUAAAGUUUGCAAAAUUAGUCAUUAGGUUAAUUUGGGCUUGAUCCUUCUCGAAAACCUUUCCGGCCACCGCAUCAUGCAAAGUGACCAGCAGCAGUUUUUUGGGGGCGCACCGUACCAGCAACAACAACCGGCUGGUGGCUAUAAUGUGGGAUUUGCACCACAGCCGGGAAUGCAACCGGGCUUCCACCCGAGUGCAUUUGUGCCCCCGCCAGCAGAGCCGGCCGGAUACUCGCCAUAUGAUCCCGAGUCGGGAACGGCGAAGGGGUUCGAUUUCAACGACCAGUCGAUUCGCCGGGGAUUCAUUCGGAAAGUGUAUUCCAUUUUGACGGUCCAACUUUCGAUCACGUUCGUGUUUGUGGCAUGGGUGCUGAACCACAAACCCACGCGACUGUGGGUGCAACAGCAUCCCGGUAUGUACUGGAUCGCGUUUGUGGUUAUGAUUGGCGCACUCAUUGCCAUCGCUUGCUGCGGCGAUCUUCGGCGCAAAGCCCCGAUGAACUUUGCAUUUCUGGGCCUCUUUACCUUCGCUGAAUCGUUUCUCGUGUGCGUGAUUACUGCUAACUACAAUUCGUCGGAGGUAAUGCUGGCCUUCGGAAUCACGGCAGCCGUCUGUCUCGGGUUAACUUUGUUUGCGUUCCAAACCAAGUGGGACUUCACAAUGAUGGGCGGUAUUCUGUUCGUGGCGGUCCUGAUCCUGAUGCUGUUCGGCAUCAUUGCCAUGUUUUUCCCCGGUAAAACCAUCACGAUCGUUUACGCAUCAGCCGGUGCCCUCCUGUUCUCGAUUUACCUCGUCUACGAUACGCAGAUUAUGCUCGGUGGCGAUCACAAGUAUUCGAUCAGCCCGGAAGAGUACGUUUUUGCCGCGCUCAAUCUGUACCUCGACGUGAUCAACAUUUUCCUGCACAUCCUCUCCAUUAUUGGUGCGUCAAGGAACUAAUGGACAAGCUGGUUUCUGCAGGAUUCAUUUAUACCGCCCAGUAACCACUUUACGCGCUCCCUUAUAAUUUUACGCGCGUGGGUACAACUGAGACCUAAGUUUUUACGUGACUCGUACAUCUGUUUUGUUGAUUACUGUUAUCAAGCUGAUCGAUAAUGGGUUUCAUGGAAUGAAAAGUAUACAUAUACCUUAAAUAACUAAACGGAAAACUAAAUGUUCAAUGUCAGAAACAAACGAAUAAACUGUCU